AUGAUGGCAGAUGCAACCACGAAAACAUUCUCAUGCGCAACGUGUGAUCGGCAAUUUCGCAAGCUCGAACAUUUACAACGACAUACUCGAACGCAUACCAAAGAAAAGCCGUAUCACUGUGAUUGCGGGCUGUCGUUUGCUAGAAAAGACCUGCUCAAACGUCACAGGCGACUUGCUCAUGCGGCAUCGGAUGAAGCUGGCCAGAGUGGUGCUGCCAUACCUCCAAGCGAAGCAUUGCCGCUUCCUCCUGAGUAUCACCACCUUGGCACGUCCUUACCCUCCCCACCAGCACAAGAAAGGGGUUUGAAGCAAUUCGAGACUUUCCUUUCCCAAAGUAGUCUCCAAGAUAUGGCUGAUCGGCAUGAAUCAAACAACGAACGUCUUGACAAUGCGCCCGAAGAUUCCAACUCUAUCACCCCGCUGACAAGGACUGGACCACUGCCAACGCAUUCUAACACUAAUCCGAGUGGCUUAUCCGCCAUCUCGUCCAAUACGACAGACAGUAUGUGGCAGGAGUACCAGGAGAGAGAGCCAAAGUUUGUACCACCGUCUACUCAAGCUUGCCAGCGAUAUCGACAAUCCUUCCACUUCCACACCAAUUCAGCCUUGAUUCAUCCCACCAUGGAACUCACAAGCAUGGAAUUCGCCUUGCGCACUGCUAUGUUUGCAUUGGGAGCGUUACAUCUUCUCGAGUACAAAAGCGCAAGAGCACUGUUCUCAGCAAGUAAAAGCGCAGCUCUACACACGUGGACAACGGAAUCACCUGAACGUCUAUCCUGGCAGCUGACAAGCGCGUUUGUGCUACUUAUUGAUUUCAUCACGAUCGAGUUACCUGCAAACACCAUGGACGAGCUUCGCCGAUUUCACUAUGCACUUCAGCUAUGUUUUGAAGUCGGUGCCAAGAAUGUCGAAUCAUCACCGUCGACAUCAUAUUCACAAUGGCUGAUCGAGGAGUUGGAGAGAAGGAGCCAAGCCUUCGGUGCCUGUGCCAUAGCGAUACACAGUUUUGUUUUUGAUUCCUCUAUCAUGGCAUGGCCUGCUAACGUUCGUUUCCGAUUUCCAUGUUUAGCGGAUAGCUGGGAGACGUUGCGACACGCAGAUCUUGACCGCAACAACACGUCCCGACCUUUGCAAGGUGAACACAUCUUGGAAUUCAUCAACCAAUUACUAGGGAUACCGUACGACGGACGUGCUACUAUGCUCAGCAGUCUAGACAUAUUUCAAGUUUUUGUAAUACUCGCAUUCCUCACCCAUUACCUCUGUGUGAGCAGAGAAGCGAGAGCGCUUUUCAGGGCUCAUGAUGACAUAUCGAAGGAAGAAGCAAGAUACAAAGAUGCUAUAGCGCUCACCGGAGCUCGCGUAAGAUUCGCUUCGAUGACAGAAACCAAUAAGUUUCAACGUCAAAGACAAAAGACGGAAAGUCUUGUGCAUCUUGAAAGUAUCAGACAUUGGUUGGUGAUAGAUUCGGCUAUGUACAAGACUGAGGAGGCGGCAGAGAUGCUACUAUACCUUCAUGAUCAGCAAUAUGUUUUCCCGAAAUCACUGAGCGACGAUGUGCUCUUGUGUGACGUGGGCGCCUCGGUCCAUCUCUUCGAGGAUCCUGCAAAUACCGGCUUCGCAUUCUUCCUUCGCUACCACGCUAAUACUUGGACACUGUGGAAUGUACUCUUGAUCUUCGAAUCUGCUCUGUUUCUAUGUGCAUGGAUCAAGAAAGCGGCAGUCGAAAGCAGUGGCAAUCAAGCCUGUCAGGUCAUCAUCGAGGAUCUCAGGGGAGCUCUAUCGAUGGCGUGGUCCUCUUUGGAUGUUUCGGAUGGCCAGCCGGAUUUUACGAACACGAAGGUACUCGCAAAGUCUGUCUUGCUAUACUGGAGCCACGUGCUGGUAAGUUUGAGUGAGAAGCCGUUUGCACGUACGCUUGGGCAGGCUCUCGGCCAAUACGCACGGUCUGUGGGCACCGAAGAAGAUACUAUGAUGGAGUAG